AUGGAAGCCAACUUCGGCCGGAAAACAAAUGCCGUGGCCGCGAGAAUCGCAGAGGAGGUGGAUCGGGGGAAGCAGCAACUCGCGCAGGAAAAGGAACUAACUGCACGAAAACUCGAGGAUGUCCUACACGAGCUUGAGCUGCAGUCGACCGAUUAUGCAAAGAGGACCGAGCAAAUACAGAUGCAGCAAGCGCAGGAACUUGGGCGGCAACAGUCAUACUACGAGGCAGCCAUGGCCGAACAAGCAAGGAGUCUGAAGACGAAGUUCUCCGAGAAUGCCGCGCAGCUGCAGGAGCGCAUCAAGUCCCUCGAGGUGGAUUUGAUCGACAAGGGAGACGACUUCCGGUCCGUCUCCGAAGGCACGCUGAAGGAGAAGUACCGGCAGCUGAGGCUGCUCGUCGAAACGACUACUGAGCCCUUCAACCUUGGCAUAAAGUCAUACACAGGCCUCGGUGACUUGGACCCCACCGAGUUCCUCGUACGGGAGGGUAAAAACCAGCUGCGUUUCCUGCUCCGAAGCAUCUUCUGGACGAGACUCAUGGAAGGCUUCUUCUCGUCACCGUAUGGGUUUGGCGCUUUCGGGGCGGGCGAGGGAGGGAGCAUGGUGUUCAACCUGUACUGCACCUGGCAAAGGCUGUUCGAUGCCGAUUUCACGGGCUUUGGGCCUGAUGGUCCCGAGACGCCCGAGAACCACGACUUUGAAGCCUUUUAUCGCAACAGGUUCGCCAACGGAUGGCGGUCGGCGACGUUCCAGUCCAUCGUGGCUGCUUUGCGGCCGAGAGAAGGCUCCCGGGCCCGGAAACGGGGGUCGGCCUCUCGAGGAAGCCUCUCGAGCAACGGGUUACGUGGAAUCGCCAAGGUCCAUGCCGUUAACGUGGAGAAGGUGCGAGCUGACCUCCUCGCGGUGCUCGGUCGCGUCUGUAACGGAGCGGUGGGAGACGAGAUCGAGGCGAAUGUCGCGGAAAUAGUGCGGUGUGCUAGUGAGCUAGCUGCAGACUUCGCAGCACACCAGGCAAAGGUCUGCUUCGGGCAAAUGCCAAUGCGUGGCGACUCGGUUACGAUCGGCGCCGAGUUCGUCGACUGCGAGGACGGCGACACGAGCCGUAGGGGGGCCGAAACUGUCGACUUGGCCGUGUCGCCUUCUCUGUUCAUCAUUGGUGAUGGUCGAAACGAUCUGACCACCCCUGUUUGCCUCCUUCCGGGCGAGAUAUUCUCCAGCAAGUCUUGA